AGAUCCCCGCAUGCCACGCGGUGUGGCCAAAAAUAUCAAAUAACCCUGGAAGGUUUACAAUGGAAAAUUAUAGGAGUCUUGAUUAUUAUUCUUGGUGUGGGUUUGAUCAUAAACCAGCAAUGAAAAAACAUGGAAGAGUUUUAUUUUUCCAAUAUUGGUGGCAACUUAUCCCUCUUUUUAAAGCUGGGUCAGAAGAAGAAAAACACGGCAGUCCAUGUUUUCUUAGUUCUUUUCAAUAAACACCAGUCCUUUCCAAUAAUUGAUUAUCCAAUCUAGCAAUUAGAAUGUUGAUCAGAGGGCCUACCAGCUGCUCAGCAUAUACGGAGCUGUUGAUGCUGUGUCAUUUGUUUGUCUGCCAUACUUCAUGGCUCCGCUUCUUAGGGGAGCUUGGUGUAGGUAUUAUGUGCUCUCUGCGUGUACUGCCCCUGACCCUGCUCCAAGUUAUGAUGGCCCUGCAGACAGGGCCUCCUCGUCCCCAUUCAGUGAUUCUAUCUCACUCUUUUGGGGUAUGUUUCUUCAUGUUUAACUGAGGUGUCUCUCAUAGGCUAGGCCACUGACAUCUGUUUUGGACCAUCUCAACGUCCUUAGUACCAUGUAUCAAGGAGUAUUUCUAAGUCUCUUUUUUUGCUCUCCUGGAACAGGGGAUGGUCUAGGUCUCGGGAUCUACCACUAUUCCCAUCUAAGCACAGGGCACUUCUACAAGCAUCAAAGCCAGGAGAAAUCCCACUGAGAAUGGGUACUACACCUUGCAUUCCAGAUUUACUCAACUCUCAAAGAGUGAUUGAUUGUAGUAAUAACCCUAAUUUAUCCACACCUUCUUGUAAAAUUUGCCUUGUAGCUUCUGCACUGACUCUGGGCUUGACCAUGUGGAAUGCUUUGGCCAAUGAAAGACUACGUAGUGUGAUGCAAGAAGAGAUUUGAAACGUACGUGUGCAUUGGACUUGCCCUCUUGCUGCUCUUGGAAUCCUGCUGGUUUAGUCUUCUGGAGAAUGAGAGACCACAUGAGGCAGACACAAGCUGUCCCACUUGGGGUCAUCUUAGGUUGCGUGAUAGGAUGUAUGACAAGUUACAACCAUGCUUGGGUUUCAUUUCAAGCUGUUUUAAGGAAGAGAUGAACAGGAUUCUUUGAAGAGAACAGAAGAUCUCAAUAUGACUUCAGAGGUCACUUAUGCUGAAGUGAGGUUUAAAAAUGAACCCCAGUCCUUAGGCACCAAAUCAGAGCCUCCUGCAGCUCCCAAAGAGAAGACCAACCUUCACAAAAGUCACCCUAGUUUUCCCAAGCUACUUCUUGCCUCAUUGCUGAUACUUCUGCUACUAUUGGCAAUCUCAUUUUUGAUCGCUUUUAUCUUUUUUUUCCAAAAAUGUUCUUAUAUUCCUAAAGAAAAAAAGACUACAAAAGAAGUCCCUCACACAGUAUUGGAAUGUAUGAAAGAAAAUUCGACCACAGAAGGGAAAGACUGGAGUUGCUGCCCAAAGAAUUGGACGUCAUUUAGUUCUAACUGCUAUUUUAUUUCUACUGAACAAAAUAUUUGGGAUGAGAGUGAGAAGAGAUGUUCAAGAAUGGAAGCUCACCUGCUGGUGAUCAACACCAAGGAUGAGCAGGAUAUCAUCACCCGGAAACUGAAACUAACUUCUGUUUAUUAUGUGGGGCUGUCAGACCCAGAGGGGAAAAGACAUUGGCAAUGGGUCGAUCAGACACCAUACAAUGAAAGUGCCACAUUCUGGCACAGGGGUGAACCCAAUAAUCCUUAUGAGCGUUGCGUUGUGCUAAAUGUUCGUUCAGGAGAAUGGGGCUGGAAUGAUGUUCCUUGUAAUGACCGUCACAAGUCUAUUUGCAAGAUGAUGAAGAUCUACUUAUGAAUGGAACAUUCUCCAUGACCGUGAGGUUGAAUUGGUAUCCACCAUCACAGAGAUAGCUAAUAUGUUCUUUUUUUAAAAAAUUUAAUUUUAUUUACUUUUUAUA